AUGGCGGACGAAUCUGUUACAAUUGCACGUCAUUUAUUGAUGAUCAUUGGUAUUACUUGGUAUACAGCCGGGAUGAUUGGUAAUAUUUGUAAUAUUUAUAUUUUUUCAAAAUGGACGUUUACGAAAAAUUCUACUCAUGAUCAACGCCUUGAACGCAAGAAAAGCAGCACUCCUCUAUAUUUGUUGACGUAUUCAAUUGGUAAUCUACUUGUCAUUAUCUAUCCACUUUUAGUUCGAAUUACUAUUGAUGGCUAUGAAUAUCCAAUAACCAAAAGCAAUUCAAUUUUUAUAUGUAAACUACGUUUUUAUACAUUACAUUGUGCCAAUCUCGUAUCAUUAACAUGUUUAUGUUUGGCUACACUUGAUCAAUACCUAAUCUCAUCACCAAAAGUCUAUUGGCGACAAUGGAGUCCAACACAACGACGAGCAAAACAAAUAAUUGCUGCUGUUGUAUGUUUUAUCAGUCUGCAUGGUUUACCAAUUAUUAUAUAUUAUGAUGUAGAUAUUAUAGGUCAAUGUAUCAUAACCUCACACACAUAUGCAUAUUAUUAUGUACUUGUUAUACUCAUUUUUCUUUUUAGUAUUGCUCCCAUUGUCUUUUUAAGUAUAUUCGGUGUAUUGAUAUUUAUACAAUUAAGAAAUAUGAAACGUAUACGAAUGACACAGAAAAAUUAUCACGGAAGUAUGAAUGUUAAUCAACAAACUUCUCGUAUGCUUUUUCUUAUCUGUAUUGCUCUUAUAUUGUCAUCUAUGCCUUAUGGGAUCGAUAAUAUUUAUAAUUUCAUGAUUAUUGGCAAAUAUGCUCCGCAAUCUUCAAUUGCUUUCAUAUGUCGAAUGAUUGCCAUUAUUAUAUUUUAUAUACAUCCAGUAUCCAGUUUCUAUAUUUUUCUAUUUUCAACACCAAAUUUUCGAAUGGAAAUACGAAAAUUGAUUAUGAAUAAUCAAAACGGUGGUCAUCUAGUUAAUAAUCGAGUUCAUGUAAUCAUGACAACAUAG